CUUUAUUACAAGAUAAUCAAACACGAUUUACUACUGUUGAGCAAUCGCCGUAUGAAGAAGUAGCUGCAUAUGUCUCAAAUACUGAUGAUUCCAGUUUACCUUGUUCAACAUUUCGUUCAUGGACAAUCGGCAUUUUAUUUGUUGUCAUCAAACAAUGCUCAACGAUUGAAAUUAUCCCAAACGGCCGACCCAUUAAUGUCAGAAAAAAUCAUCGUUCAACAUUUGAUGAAUGGCAUCCGCCUGGAUUUUCGGAAGCAACUCUCCCGUCACAAGCCACCAAUCGAAAAAUGUGA